AUGGAGGAAAGAAGAGCAUCGUCCUGCUUAAGCCUUUUUUUGGCAGUUACAAUAUUUAUUCAUCUGAAGAGUUAUGGUGCUGCAGUCCAGGCUGGAGAUACUCUUUCCUUGGGUUCCUCACUUGCUGGAAAUCAGACAUUAAUUUCAAAGAAUGGCACAUUUGAAUUAGGGUUCUUCAGCCCAAAUGGGGGCAGUAACUGGUAUAUUGGAAUCUGGUAUGCCAAUAUAGAAGAGAAGACGAUUGUUUGGGUGGCUAACAGGGAGACUCCCGCGAGAAACAAGUCUGGCAUUUUGAAGCUGUCAAGACAAGGUAAACUGAGAUUGUUUGAUGCAGAGGGCGCGUCUAUUUGGUCUGUCAGCAUAUCCAGAAAGGCAUGCCGGGCUGUGAUAUUAGAUUCUGGUAAUUUCUUAAUGCUGAGCGAUGAUAAUGAACAAGAAACUGUGUGGCAGAGUUUCGACAAUCCUGUAGAUUCCUUGUUGCCCGGGAUGAGAUUUGGUGGACAGCAAAAGCUAGUCUCUUGGAAAAAUUCAUUGGAUCCCGCUCCCGGGCUUUUCUCCUUUCACAUGGAUCCAUCAGGGGCCAAACAAUUGGUUCUAACAUGGAACAAUUCUGUGCAUUAUUGGAAAAGCGGAACCUGGGACGUCAAUGCUUUCAGUGGCAUUCCAGAAAUGGUAAUCGAGGGCCUCUACAAUGUCAGCGUUGAAAAUACGAGCUCUGGUUUGUAUGUCAGUUAUAAAUUGCUGCAUAACAUCAAUGGGUUCUCACGUGUCGUCCUAACGAAGUCCGGAGACAAUGGAGAGGCUUUGUAUGAUGGCAGUACGUGGAACAUAUUCUGGUCUGUGCCCAGAGAUGAAUGCGCCGUAUAUGGUCUUUGUGGCGCUUAUGGAAUCUGUAACUCCAACAAUCUUAAGUUCUGCAGCUGCGUAGAAGGCUUCUCCCCAAAAGACAAUAGGGCCUGGGAUUCGAAAGAGUGGUGGUCCAGUGGCUGUGUUCGCCAGAGCCCCUUGAAUUGCAGCACGGACAGAUUCAUCGAUUCCAACGCAAAGUUGUCGAAUGAUUACGCGUCAUCAUACCGGCCUGGACGCACAAAGAAAGAUUGCGAGAAAGCCUGCCUCCGCAAUUGUUCGUGCACUGCUUACACUUUCAAUACGCCUUCAGGGCCCUGCCAAAUCUGGUCCGGAAAUUUGCUAAACUUGCGCAGUUCUCCACCAAAAAGCAAUUCAAAUGUCUUCAUUCGAGUAGCUGCCUCUGCGCUUCCAUAUUCCUCCAAAUUCAAAACCAUCCUACCUCUCGUUUUUGGUAUUGCUAUUGCUCUCGCCAUUACUUUGGGUAUCUUUUCUUUUUUAAUGUGGAGGAGGAGGUAUCGGCUACGACCAGUGGAGAAUUGUUCAGAUUCCUCCAACUCUUUUCUAAGAGUGUUCAGUUACAAGGAGUUGAAGAUCGCAACUAGGAAUUUCAGGUUUAAGUUGGGCAGCGGAGGAUUCGGCUCAGUGUUCAAAGGCUCUCUAACAGACGGUACGCUUGUGGCUGUAAAGAUAUUGGAGGGUUCAAGGCAAGAUGAUAAGCAAUUCCGAGCGGAAAUCAGUUCCCUUGGAAACAUACAACAUGCAAAUUUGAUCAGGCUCCGAGGGUUUUGUGCACAGGGAUCCAGACGGUUACUGGUUUAUGAUUACAUGCCCAACAGCUCUCUAAAUUCCUUACUCUUCACUAGUAAUUCCAAAAGUAGAAGGAAGGUACUCGACUGGAAGACCCGAUUUCAGAUCGCUUUAGGCACUGCAAGAGCUUUAGUUUAUCUCCAUGAGGAAUGCAGAGAUCGCAUCAUUCACGGCGAUAUAAAGCCCGAGAACAUUCUGCUGGAUGCUAAUCUUUCACCCAAGUUGGCCGAUUUCGGGAUGGCGAAGCUCGUGAGUAGAGAUUUCAGCCGCAUUCUGACCACAACGAGAGGAACGAGAGGUUAUUUGGCCCCAGAAUGGAUUUCUGGCCUUCCGAUCACUGCAAAGGUCGAUGUUUACAGUUUUGGCAUGACUCUCUUGGAAAUCAUUUCUGGCCGAAGAACUCUGGAUUCAAACGUGCAAGAUUCAAGUAAGUACUACUUUCCCAUAUGGGCUGCAACCCAAAUUUGUCAGGGGAACACAAUUAGUAUUGUGGAGGAGGGUGUUGCAGAGGAGAAAGAUAUUGAAGAGGUGAGAAGAGUAAUUGUGGUAGCGUUGUUAUGCAUUGAAAGAGAUGAGGAGGUGAGGCCAAGCAUGGAGCAAGUGGUGCUAAUGCUGGAAGGGAACAUAGAGCCUCAAGCUCCUCGGAUUUCAAGCUCUGCGCACAUGGACAAGCAAGCAAACGGAAGCGAUAGCGAUAGCGAUAGCAAUAGCAAUGGUGAUGUGAUUAAGCUAGAAUAA